AUGGAAUUUGACCGUUCCAACUUAGAAAACGAAGUCGUGGUUCCCUCGACCAACCCUUUAGUGUACAAUCACUCGAUGCUCAACUACUUCUACCCCUCGAGUUGUAUUAAGACUUCCCUGUCGCCUUACCACGACUACCCUGAGGUGUACCACCAUCAAGAAGUUCCCAACUUCACCGUCAACGACAGUGUCAGUUUCCAGCAGAACCCUCAGGAGUACUAUUAUUACCUGCAGAAGAGUUACGAGUAUUUCGAGGCAAAUCGGGAUGAAUCUCAGGCGAGGUGUGGGUUUUGGAACGCGAGUGUGUGCAAUAAUUCUGGUUUGGGGAGUCCCGGUGGUAGUUUUCACCAGCAAUGGGGGUGCAGGGAUGUGGGUUUAGGUCAGGAGUGCGAGGUGGCGGUUCAGGGAGACGCUUUGUUGGAAGACAACUUGGAUAUCAACUCACCAUGUUCGGACGAUUCUUCAGAUGUGAAACACGCAUCAGAAUUUGGCACGAAACCGAGAAAAGAGAGGACGGCCUUCACAAAAAAUCAGAUAAGAGAGCUAGAGAAAGAAUUUUCACAUUCUAAUUACUUAACUCGUCUCCGAAGAUACGAAAUAGCCGUCGCACUGGACUUAACGGAACGCCAAGUGAAGGUUUGGUUUCAAAACAGGAGAAUGAAGUGGAAGCGAACCAAAGGAGGUGAAAGAAGUUCGAAAACGAAAUUAUCGAAAAGGAAGAGUUAGAUUUAGGUUGUUAUAAUCGAAAAUUGACUAAUCGUAUCACUAUUUGUAAGGAAC